AUGCAGAACUUCAACAAGUAUUGUCAUCAACAUCCCAAUAAAUUAGCUAAUAAGAUUUGCAUAGAUCCUAAUGAUAUCGAAAGAAAAUAUUGUUUAAUUUGCCAAUUUUCUCAUAAUGCAGAUCCUAGUUAAUUCCUUUCCAGUUUUGAAUUUUAAGAAAAAUAUAUCACAGAUGUACGAAAAAAAAUUGAAAAAUAUAAAAAAUCUAAUUUAUCUAAUUUUUCCAAAUUUAACAAUAUUAGAAAGUCUUUAGAGAAUCAGAUUGAAUGCAUUUAAAUAAAGUUUGAGUAGGUGAAACAAUAUAUUUAGGAUAUUGAAAUUAGUCUCUCAAUUUACGAGAAUUUAUUUUUUAAAUAUUCGUCUCCUGAAGAAUUUUCAUCUGAUGAUUUGGCCAAAAUUAUUAAUUUAAAAGAUGGAAAUGAGUUGGAUAAAGUUGAAAAAAAAUUGAAAUCAUUCUAAAGCUAAUUUGAUGAAAUUCAAUCUUGUUUAAUUAAUAAUCUAGAAAAAAUAAAUAGAAAUUUAAAGUUCGAUUUCAAGUUGAAGUCAAUAAGAAAGAAGUAGGAUGGAUAGUUAUGGAAUAACAUAAAAAAAAGGUUCACAAGCAUUUAGUUUGAAAUUGAAGUUAUUUCUGGAAGGUAGAUCAAAUAUUUAGGAAAUGAUGGUUAAAUUCUAAGAAUGUAAUAAAUAUUGACUUUAUUAUCAUAGACAAAAUGAUUAGGAAAUCUCAACCUCACCUGAAAUAUUAAAUAAUUUAGAAUAAAUCAAAUAUCUUAAAUGGAAGGGAGAUUAUGGCAAAAGUAAUGGAAGGAAGGGUAUUUGGAAUGCAUCCUGGAAUUAAAAAGUCCUCUCAAAUGUUGGAGGAUUUUACAUUUAGGGAGUUAAGGAAGGAUUGUGGGUGGACUGUGCCAAAGGUUUUUGCAUGAAGUUAUUAUUAAUUAUGAAUUUAGUCAAGCUUGCAUUCUUGAAAUUGGAGAAUAUAGAAAUGAUUUUAGAAUAGGAAAGUGGAGUUAUGAGUUUGAUCAACAAAAGAUGUAUUUGUAGAAUAAAUAGCAUAUAGUAACGGAGGAACUUAUAAUUUGUACUCUUAAAAAAGUGGAAAAUGGGUGGAGAUAAAAGAGGGAUUCCAUUUUUACUCUCAAGUUACUUAUGUUGGAGAAUACUAAAAUGAUAAAAAAGUUGGCCUCUGGGAAACAUGGUAUAAAAACCAUGCUAAAGAUUAAAAGAACUUAUAAAUGUACAAUAUUCACAAUAAAGUGUAUAUUUUUAGUGGAGGCGGUUCAUACUGGAAUAAUAUUAAAGUAGGGAAAUGGAUCGAGUUAAGUGAUGGAUAUUAUGAGUAUUCUUAAGUCACAUUUAUUGGAGAAUAUAAAAGUGGAAAAAAAAUUGGACAAUGGGAUAUAUGUUAUAAGAGGCGAGGAAAAUAACAGAACCAGCAAAUGUAAUAUAUAAGAUAAAUGGUAAAUAUUUUUUUAGUGGCGGUGGAAACUAUGAUGUAAUAAAUGAGGGCACUAAGACUGGGUUUUGGGUAGAGGUGAGUGAUGAGUUUUAUGAGGACUCUUAGGUGAUAAAUAAUGGUGAGUAUAAGAAUGGAAAGAAAGUUGGUAGAUGGGAUAUGCUAUAUCGAAAGGGGGAUAGAGAUUAAUGGAAUAAACAAGUGUAAGAUAUCAAUAUUAAAAGUUUUAUUUUAAGUGGUGGAGGGUCAUAUUGUAAUGAUACUAAAAUUGGGGAGUGGACUGAGUUAAGUGAUGGUUUUAGGAACAUUUCCCAAGUUACAUACUGCGGUAAAUAUAAAAAUGGGGGCAAAAUUGGCAGAUGGGAUAUUUGGUAUAGAAGAUAUGAAGGUGAUGAGGAGAAUCAUAAAAUGUAAAUAGUGAAAAUUAAAAGCAUGAAUCUUAGCGGAGGUGGGUCAUAUAAUGAAAGAAGCGAUGGCAUUAAGAAUGGGUGGUGGGUAGAACUGAGUGAUGGAUUUUAUGAGUAUUCAUAAGUUACCUAUUGUGGUUUAUAUGAUUAAGGGAGAAAACUUGGUAGGUGGGAUAUUUGGUAUAAGAAGCAUGAUGAAGAUUAAAUGAAUAAAUAAGUGUAAAAUUUUACAAUCUAAUAUUAUGUUUAUAGGGGUGGAGGACAAUAUCAUGAUGGCAUUAAGUAUGGGAUGUGGACUGAAUUAAGCGAAAAUUUUAGAAAGAUUUCUUAAGUCAUUUUGAAAGGUGAAUAUAAUUUUGGUUAAAAAGUUGGUAGAUGGUCAAUUUUUUAUAAGGAGGAGGAAAAAUACAAAAAGAUGUAAAUUGAAAAAAGCAAUAUUUUUAGAGGAGGUGGAUAAUAUGAUAAUGGCAUUAAAGUUAGUAAAUGGACUGAAGUGAGUGAUGUGUUUGGAGAUAAUUCUUAAAUUACAUUUAGUGGUGAAUACAAGAAAGGUUAAAAAAUAGGUAUUUGGGAUAUUUGGUAUAGGAGAUAUAUUGAUGAGCCUUAUAAAUUGAUGUAGAAUUAUAAAAAUUAAAAGCAAUAUUUUUUAGAGGUGGAGGAUUAUAUGAUCAAUUUAAUAAUGGAAUUAAGAUCGGAUACUGGAUAGAGCUAAGUAAUGGUUUUAAGGAUUAUUCACAAGUUACUUAUAGAGGCAAAUAUUAAUGUAAUAAAAAAAUUGGUAAAUGGGAUAUUUACUACAGAUAUAGUGUUAAGUUACCCUUUGAAUUAAUGUAAUAUUAAAUAAAAUAGGGCAAAUAUUUAGUGGAGGAGGAUCUUAUGAUGAAAGAAGCAAUGGAAUUAAGGUUGGUAAGUGGAUUGAAAUAUCUGAUGACUUUAAAGAUUUGAACUAAAUUAUUUAUGUUGGGGAAUAUAUUGAAGGUAAAAAGGUAGGUAUUUGGUUGGAAAUUGAAAGAAAGAAAAAAGAAUAAAAAGCAAUACUAACUUAUCAUAUAUGAUUUGGCAAGUAGAUGAUUAAUAUAAUUAAUAUUACGGU